UGUCACACCAGGCGCUCACGCGCGCGGUGAUGUCACGGAAGGGGAGUUCAGGACGGGUCUGUCCGCUGGACAACAGGAAGGACCGACACACGCGGGGCUGGAACCAACCAACCACUGCUGCCACGGAAAAGUCUGCAUAAUCCCCACAACAAAUAUGUGCUUUGACUCGACUCUGGUGUAAGUUUUGUGAAGAGAUUCAACUUUACCGCCGUUCGGUCACGGACACGCGGGCAGCAGCGCGCUGUUAGGUGGCGGAUUCUGGAGGAGGAAUGGACGCUUCCAAAGCUGGACACACUCGAGAGGACUGACCCUCCUGCCCGCACCUCCAUGUCCCCUUCCUCGCCGUGCCAGGUGCCUGCUCGGGACAAUGGGGGCUACGGCUACAGGCACGCGCCCGUGUCACCCGCUCCGCCCGUCCCUCCGAGGAGGCUCCGGAGCCGGGACGGGGGCGCCGGAGGGCGGACGCGGCGAUCCGGAGCAGACAAGCCGGAGAGGAGGUUGAAGUGUGUCCUGGUGGGGGACGGAGCUGUGGGGAAAACCAGCCUGGUUGUCAGCUACACCACCAACGGUUACCCCACCGAGUACGUCCCGACUGCCUUCGACAACUUCUCAGCAACUGUGUCCGUGGAUGGGCAGCCAGUCCGACUACAACUGUGUGACACAGCAGGACAGGAUGAGUUUGAUAAGCUCCGCCCCCUGUGUUACACCAGUGCAGAUGUGUUCCUGCUGUGCUUCAGUGUGGUCAGUCCUGCCUCCUUUCAGAACGUCCCAGAAAAAUGGGUACCUGAGAUCCACAAACACGCCCCGUUUGUGCCCCUUGUUCUGGUUGGGACACAGUGUGACCUUCGAGAGAACGUCAAGGUCCUCAUCGAUCUGGCCAAAUACAAAGAGCGGCCUGUGGACCUGGCGGACGCGCAGGACUGUGCUGUGGAGAUCGGAGCUGUGGCUUACGUGGAGUGUUCCUCUCUGACCCAAAAGAAUCUCAAGGAAGUGUUUGACACGGCCAUACUGGCCAGCCUGCAGAACCACAGCCCUCGAAAUCCCAGGCGAGCAAAACAAAAACGUUGGACAAAGCAGAGGCAGGCGCCGAACAAGAUGAAAAGACUGUCAAAGUCGUGGUGGAAAAGGUACUGUUGCGUGGCCUAGAGUCCGCCCUGGCUCCUGUUGUGUCUGGACUCGAGCUUUUUCUGCCUGAAGGAGCCAGACGCAGGGAACCAAGGAAGUCUGUCUUUGACGUUACUACUGAGCCUCUCCUGUGUAAUGUUGGACUAAACUGGCAUCGGUCAGUAGGUUUUGGGGACAACAUGCUGAUUAUUCCAAAUUUGAGGAGUUACUUGGAAUGAAUCCCAUCUACUCUAUUAUGGAUUCAAACUGAUUUUUCUUAUUGCAUCGUUGGGUAACCAGACUGCCAACAGGAUGUCAUUGUCAGCACUGGUGACCAAAGUAAAAACUUUUUCUUAAAUGCAUCCAAUUUUAGACUGCUUUAAAAAAAAAUAAAAAAAACGGCUGCAUGAGCUCGAGCUUCCCACAGACAAAACCCUCUUCAAUAUUUUCUGAUCAAGCAUACAGAUACUUUAAAGACAUUUUGUAACCAGGCUAUUGUUUUUGUAAAGAAACUUACUAACUGCUAGCCUUAUUUAUCCUGGGCUUCAUCUGACUUUUAUUGAACGUGCCUGUAAGUGUACUCUGGAAUAAGCCUCACGUCUUAUUUGAAUUUCACUUUAAACUGGUGUGAGACUUGAAUCCUGUGUAACUUGGGUUCAACUUGCACAUUCUUUUUGCUUGAUGAAAACAUGUUUUUUCUUUUGUCUUAAGCAAAUGACUUCUCAUGAAAACAUAAAAGCUCAGACUCUCUUCUGUGAAAGCACACUGUGUCUUAACUUGGAGUUUUACUUUAAGCUGUGAUAACCGUCUACAUCUGCCCCAGGCGGAUCGGCAUAUUGAAGUGUUUGUGGGUCCAUUUGGGUUUAGAAAACCCCUUUGAUAUAAAAUGCAGUUGACUAAAUGGAUUUGAAACAUUCAUUUUUAGAAGCAAUAGCUUCCUUUCAGAGUUUCAUGGUGCAAAAAAACCCAAAAACCAAACAGACACAAUAAAUCAGAUUCAUGUUGGG